ACAGGUGUCUCCAGCCGUCAGAAGUGCAUAGGACCAAAUGCCUCACUGUGGCAAUAGCAGAUAUUUUAUGGCGAGCAGGGGACAACGAAAAAGCAGUGAUUGCACUGCCUUCAGGAAGGCAGCAGUUCACUCCGGUAGGAAAAUACAAAGCAGAUGGAGUCUUAGAAACGCUAAUGGUACAUACCAUCACAAAAUAUGAGGAUCUGACAGUAUUUCUUCAGAAGAAUAUUCAUCAGUUUGAAACUGGUCCAUGUGGAUGCAUUCUUCUCACACUGUCAGUUAUCUUAUCAAGAUCUAUUCAUCUGGUGCGCAGUGACUUUGAUGUGCCGACAAACCGAAUGAUAGGUAUCCACGGAUACUGCACACAGGAACUUGUGAACUUGCUUGUGACCGGCAAAGCUGUGUCCAAUGUGUUCAACAAUGUGAUAGAGCUGGACUCUGGAAAUGGCAACAUCACCAUAUUAAAAGGCAUCAGUGGACGCAGUGAUAUCGGCUUGCUGUCUCUCUUUGAGCACUAUGAUGUUUGCCAGGUUGGCUGCUACUUGAAGACCCCUAAGUAUCCGAUUUGGUUGGUGUGCAGUGAAAGCCACUUCAGCGUGCUGUUUUGCUUGCAAAAGGACUUACUGGGUGACUGGAGAACAGAACGGCAGUUCGAUCUAUAUUACUAUGAUGGCUUGGCCAAUCAAGAAGAAGAAAUACGGCUAACUGUUGAUACAACUCAGAAUUAUAAUGAAGAUAAAGAAAAUGAUCUUAUUCCUCCCCUUGAGCACUGUAUUAGGACAAAGUGGAAGGGAGCCGUUAUCGACUGGAAUGGUGCUGAGCCCAUCUUAUGACCGAGCUGACCCUGGACUGCAAGCACAGCGCGUUCCUGUUCCCACCAGUAAGGGAGAGAGGGCAGGAGGCCUGCCCAGUUAUACAAUUUACAGCGCGACAGAAUGACAGGCUGCGUGCCGGCCGGCGGGAAGAAAAUCCCAGCGUGCUUCAGAUCGGCCGUCCACAGCAUAAACACCAUCAACACGCGUUCUUUGCCACUGCCUUGUAUGUACAAUGCCUGAAAGCAGGAGCCACCACUGCCAAAUCGUGCGUUAGGAAACAAUCAAUAAAACUGUCAUCAUCUGCUCGAGCUCUGCUUCUGGAUCUCUUCUGUAUCCUGCAAUUGUUUCUACCGAUGCAAUGAAAGAAGCGGCGGCCGCAUUUUUUUUUUGGAUAUUGCCUUUGCCCUUCCUCUCCCCCACUGUCCUGAACCCAGAAAGCCAAGCCAUAAAGGUGCA